ACACAGACAGCAGGCUAAUAGCCGUUGUUUACUUAUAAACGCUACCAAAACUUAACUGGUGAAAGUUAAUCGAUAUUUUAUGUUUUCCCCUGUGCGAUAAAAAGAAGGCGUCUAUUUGAGGUUUGGUGUGUUCUAUAAAUUUAUGGAUUUAGCGAGAAAAACGCCAUCCAAUCACGGCGCCUCAUAGUGAGUUGACAAAACCGUCUCAUCCAAUCACAGCACGGCUUGUUUUGACGUGGUUCAUUUUCCUCAGAGAAACCGGAAGCUCGCAGUCGUUUGUGCUCCCUAACGGCCCACGUUGCCACACGCACUCUCCAUCAUCAUCGCUGCCUCCAGGCUGACACGCUGCGUGGCCGCGCUGACGAGGAGGACAUUACCGGCGACAGCGAGCUUUCCGCUUGUUUACGCCUGCCGCUUGCUGUCGGCCCACGGUGACAAAGUCCCCAGGAUGCCCCAGACGUGCAAGUCCAGAAACGCCCCGGCGUCAGACUCUCCACGUUCAGCCGGGAAUCCAGAACCAGAGGGGUGCAGACAUGUGGCAGACCCUGGACUAGGAGGAGGAGGAGGGGUCGAAGACAACCAAGGAGACAGUGAGAUCAUUAAAUCUCCAAGUGAUACUAAACAAUACAGGUACAUUGUGCUGGACAACGGUCUCCGAGCGCUCCUCAUCUCGGACUACAGAGGCUUGGCGGGAUCAGAGGAGGAGGAGGAGGAGGAGGAGAAUGAAGGGGACGAGGAGGAGGAGGAAGAGGGGGAAGAAUAUGACUCCGGCGACGAAACGGAGGAGGACUCUGAUGAGGGGAGCGAAGAUGAGGACGACGACGGGGAGGGGAAGAAGAGUAGAGGACAUGCCGACAAGCAGUGUGCGGCAGCAUUGUGUGUCGGAGUGGGCAGCUUCAGUGACCCCAGUGACCUUCCCGGCCUUGCCCACUUUCUAGAACACAUGGUGUUCAUGGGCAGCAAGAAGUACCCCUCGGAAAACGGCUUCAAUACCUUCCUCAAGAAGCACGGCGGAAGCGACAACGCCUCCACUGACUGCGAGAGGACCGUCUUCCAGUUCGACGUCCAGAGGAAAGGCUUCAAAGAGGCGCUCGACAGAUGGGCUCAGUUCUUCAUCUGCCCCCUGAUGAUCCGUGACGCCAUCGACAGGGAGGUAGAGGCCGUUGACAGCGGUAAGUCUCCUCGCAUUGCAAAAACCUACACUGUCUUUUUUUUUUUUUGUGGUCUUGAGUAUUUCCUUUUUUUUCCCCCAUCAGAGUACCAGCUGGCUAAGCCGUCAGACUCCCACAGGAAAGAGAUGCUGUUCGGCAGUCUGGCCAAAGCGGGACACCCCAUGGGCAAGUUCUGCUGGGGGAACGCGCAGACUCUGAAGCAGGAGCCCAAGAGGAAGAAGAUCAGCGUCUACAAACGGCUGCGCGCAUUCUGGAAGAAACACUACUCCGCCCAUUACAUGACCCUGGCUGUGCAGAGUAAAGAAAAACUGGACACGCUGGAGGAGUGGGUUCGAGAGAUCUUCAGCAAGGUGCCCAACAAUGGCUUUCCCAAGCCGGACUUCUCCGACAUGCUGGAUCCCUUUGACACCCCGGCCUUCAACAAGCUAUAUAGAGUCGUUCCUGUGCGUAAAGUUCACGCUUUGAAUAUCACCUGGGCCCUCCCGCCUCAAGAGAAGCACUACAGAGUGAAGCCUCUUCACUACAUGUCGUGGCUGAUUGGCCACGAAGGCACAGGAAGCAUCCUCUCGGUGCUCAGGAGGAAGUGCUGGGCCCUCGCUCUGUUUGGCGGCAACAGCGAAACCGGCUUUGACCAGAACGCCACCUAUUCCAUCUUCUCAAUCUCCAUCACUCUUACUGACGAAGGUUUUCAAAACUUCUACCAGGUGACACACCUGGUGUUCCAGUACUUGAAGAUGUUGCAGAAUUUCGGACCUCAGCAAAGGAUAUAUGAAGAGAUUCAAAGGAUUGAGGCCAAUGAGUUCCGUUACCAGGAGGAGACUGACCCUAUAGAAUACGUGGAGGACAUCUGUGAGAACAUGCAGCUGUUCCCCAAAGAGGACUUUCUGACAGGAGACCAGCUGAUGUUUGAGUUUAGUCCAGAGGUGAUUGGCGCAGCACUGUCCCUGCUCACCCCCGAGAAAGCCAACCUGAUGCUGUUGUCACCAGAACAUGAGGGCCAGUGUCCCCUCAGGGAGAAGUGGUUUGGAACACAAUACAGCGUGGAAGACAUCCAGGCGGAGUGGAUGGUGCGCUGGACGGGAGAUUUGGAGCUGAACAGUGAGCUUCACCUUCCGGAAGAAAACAAGUUCAUUGCCACUGAAUUCACCCUGAAGCCCUCUGACUGCCCCGACACAGACUUCCCUGUGCGGAUUGCAGACAGCGACAGAGGCUGCCUGUGGUAUAAGAAGGACAACAAAUUCAAAACGCCAAAAGCCUACAUCAGAUUCCACCUCAUCUCUCCUGUAAUCCAGCAGUCUGCCAAGAACGUGGUUCUGUUUGACCUGCUGGUCAACAUCCUGAGCCACAAUCUGGCCGAGCCCGCCUACGAGGCCGAGGUGGCCCAGCUGGACUAUAAACUGGUCGCCGGCGAGCACGGGCUGGGGAUCAGGGUCAAAGGAUUUGAUCACAAACUCCCCCUGCUCUUCCACCUGAUCGUCGAUCACCUGGCUGAUUUCAACGCUCCGCCGGACGUCUUUAGCAUGUUUGCAGAGCAACUCAAGAAGGCAUACUUCAACAUCCUCAUCAAGCCGGACAAGCUGGGCAAGGACGUGCGCCUGUUGAUCCUGGAGCACUCCAGGUGGUCCAUGGUGGAGAAGUAUCAGGCGCUCAUUGCCGGUCCAACCAGCAAGGAGCUGAUGGACUUUAGCCGCAGGUUCAAGGCCGAGCUGUACGCAGAGGGGCUGGUGCAGGGCAACUUAAGCAGCGCUGAGUCAUUGGGCUUUCUGCAGUACAUGACAGACAAGUUGCAGUUUUCCAAGCUGCCAGUAGAGGUGCCGGUGAUGUUCAGAGUGGUGGAACUCCCGCCUCAGCACCACAUCUGUAAAGUCAAGUCACUGAGCAAAGGAGAUGCAAACUCUGAGGUCACAGUUUACUACCAGUCUGGACCCAAAGCCUUGAGGGAGCAUACGCUGGUGGAACUCUUAGUGAUGCACAUGGAGGAGCCUUGUUUUGACUUCCUCCGCACCAAAGAGACUCUAGGAUACCACGUCUACCCUACGUGCAGAAACACCUCGGGUGUUCUGGGUUUCUCGGUCACCGUGGAGACGCAGGCCUCCAAGUUCAAUACAGAGCUGGUUGAGCUGAAAAUUGAAGAGUUCCUGACUUUAUUUGGGGAGACGCUCAGUGCGAUGACCGAUGACGCCUUUCGCACCCAGGUGACUGCUCUAGUGAAGCUCAAAGAGUGUGAGGACACACACCUUGGGGAGGAGGUGGACAGGAACUGGAGUGAGGUGGUGACACAGCAGUAUGUGUUUGACCGACUGAACAGAGAGGUGGAGGCUCUGAAGCAGAUGAGCCAUGACGAGCUGCUCUCCUGGUUCCAGGAGCACCGAGGAGCCAACAGUCGCCAACUCAGCGUUCACGUGGUGGGAUUCGGCGCCGAGGAGAACGACGAGGAGGUUUCCGCCGCUGACAACCAGGAAGAGGGCCAAGGGGAGGGGCCGAGCGGCUCCGCCUACGGGGAGGUGUCCAAACUGACCUUCCUCCAGCCCACGCCCAAGAUGGCGGGCGCCACAGCCAUCAUGGACAUCCCUGCUUUCAUCAGAGAGCUCCCUCUUUUCCCCUAUCAUAAAAUACUCAACUGAGACGUCAUCGCUCUUCUUGGAGGGGAAAAAAAAAGAGUAAGGUGAGAACUGCUGAAGAGCCCUGAAGUUAGAGACCGGAGUGAUGUGGUGGCAGGGUGUGACAAUUUGAAGCUGAGCCGCGUGCAGUCACUUUUUGCUGACCUGCUUUUUGCUGUGAAAAGAAAUCGUGUAAAGGAAUUUGCGCGAUGAGUGAAGGUGCGUGACUUAAUAAAGAACAAUCACACUUUCACACUGUGAGGGUGACGGAACUGUAUUUCUUUUUAGUUGGUGUGCAACUUCUUGUGUGCUCUCUGGAGUGAAUUUUUUUAAUGAUAGGUAUUAUUUUCUGAUUAUUCACUUCAUAGUUAGGGUAAAGUCAUUUAAAAAAUAUAUAUAUAUAUAUACCAGAUACAAUAUAAUAAGCAGGUAUUCUCUCCAAAAUAAUACAUUUGUUUUGAUUUAUCUUAAUUUUAAAAAUUCUAAUAAAAUGAAAAAACAUCUAAUACUACAUAAGUCACAAUGCAUUUUAAAAGAUGUAAAGAUUUGCAAAGCUGAUUUCGAUUAGC